GAUUUGCUGUGACCGGAAGUCGUGCGUAUGUUCGUCCUGUUAUGCAGGUUGUCAGGGGGAGCAGGUUAACACGAACUAGUUAGAGAAGGAUUAUGUCAAUGAUGAAAAAAAUAUUAGCUCGAGAAAAUAAGCGUUUUCACGUAUGCAUUUUUGCACCGAAUGACAUUAAUUUGUGCAAAACGACAGCUACGAUUGUAUGUUAUUUUUCAUGGAAACAGUCAAGGACAGCUAAGCAUCAGGCUAGUUACGAUACAGACCUAAGUUACGCACAUCGGUAUUGAUCUUUAAAACAACCCCAAAGUCCAUAGAUGGAAGUAGACAUGGAAAACAUUCAGGAAAAUCUACAGAAUGAUGAGGACUCUUGUGUCAGCGGCAUUGCAUCCUCAUCAUCCGACAUGCAAUCGUUACGCGCCACUCGCCCACCGGUCCAGAGGAGCAACAUCUGCUCUCGGGCUUACUUCGUCGUGGUGAUGGUCUUCUUUCACGUCUACAUCCUGAACGUUAUCGCCUUGCUGCUAUACGUGCACUACAAUAACGGCCCAAGGGAUCUUGUUAGUGGUGAUCGGCCGUCCUCGUCAAGUGUCGGCGACGGGGAAAGUCCUCCUCACCCCGCACCUCGUCCAAGGGAGCACCGCGAGUUCGAGCAAAGUUUCCGACUUUCUCGAAUUGAGGGGAUCAGGGUCGGACACGUUCAGCCAGUGUCCCUUGUGUGGGACAGAACACAUAAGAUGAAGACGCUCAGUCUGAAACCUCUCUUAUUCGAGGUGCCUGGUUUCCUGUCAGAGGAGGAGUGUCGAGUGGUGGUGCAGCUGGCUCAGCUUAAGGGUCUGAUGGAAAGCCAGAUGACAGCACCCAGCUGGGGGCAAGUGGAGCCAGAUCACCCACUGCUAUCUCUGAGCACCGAGGAGGUCUUUAGUCUGUUGGACCUCAACCAAGACGGGCUGCUGCAGAAGCAGGAGAUUGUGAGCCACUCACGUUCUCGAGAUGGGACUUGGAUGAGCCCGGACAACCUGCGUAGGAUACUCACUGGACUGGAAGCCUGCGCAAAAAGGAUGCUCAACCUUGAAGAGUUUAAGCGUGUUUACGAUGUGUCCCAAGGACCGGGGCAAGAGCAAAAUGGGAAGCACCGGAAUCAGUUUAAACAGAAGAACAAACGUACCGGGCUUUAUCAAGGCCCAGGAUCACACCACGUGCUGCAGACACUGAGAAUCAGAGUAAACAGCCUGACACGUCUGCCGUCUGCAUUGGUUGACAUGAGUGAGCUACUGCAAGUGUUUCGGUUUGAGCCCGGAGACUUCAGCGAUGCUCAUCACGACAGCAGUCCUCCCCAUAAAGAGACCGUAUGUUCGCACACGCGACUGGCGGGUAACACUUCCAUGCUAACAGAGGUCUCCUGCAGGUAUCUUACUGUGUUGAUCUACCUCAGCUCUGUCGAGGAAGGAGGUGAGACCACCUUUCCUGUGGCCGACAACCGUACCUACAAUGAACUGGCACUGGUCCAAGAUGGAGUUGAUUUAAGAGACACCCAGAAAACCUGUGGUCGAGGGAACCUGAGAAUAAAGCCCACUGCUGGGACGGCACUCCUCUUGUACAACCAUCUCUCUGAUGGCCAAGGUUGGAUGGGUGAGCUGGAUGAGUAUUCACUCCAUGGAGACUGCCCGGUGAAACGCGGCCUAAAAUGGGUCGCCAACAGCUGGGUCAACGUGGACCCAGAUUACCAGAUGCAGGCCCGUUACCAGAGACUAGUUGCUGAAAGGCAUCACGCUAUGUCAGGCAUGGAGGAACAUUCCCAACCAUUUUCCCACUUGAAUCUCCAUCAGGACCUUUAGUGUACAUGUACACCCCUUGACACAUUUACCUCAGUGUUGGAUACAUUUAAAGGCAAAUCAUAGUUUGGUCUCGCAUCAUUGCAUCAGUUUUAAAAUACAAUAUUAUUAUGAGGGAGCUCUGGUGGGCAUGCAAUAGAUUUUUAAAAAACAUUCAAAAUUUGUCACACCUAUAAUGUCACGUAUUU